UGUGUUAACCAAAAAAUCAAUAAUUUUGUUCCUGUUUUUUGUUCUGACAAUAUUUUCCUAAAAUGUAUUUGUAUAUUUAGUGUUUCCUCCCAAAAAUGGCUUAUUUUCACUACCGUUGCGGAGAGAGGAUCACCUUAAUUAAUGAAAACACCACAGCAAUUCGUAAUGAUAGCGAGUUUGAUCAUGGGCUAGUCAUUACUGCUGAGCCCUUGAUGAAUGAUAUUCUGUUUGAAGUUAUUAUUGAUAGAAAGGUCAAUUCAUGGUCAGGAAGCUUGGAAAUAGGGGUUGUAGAUGUAGACCCCUUAAAUUUUGAUUUCCCUUCCAUGGCGUCAAAAAUUCAAUCUGGAUCUUGGAUAAUGUCAGGAACAUCUAUUUUUAAAAAUGGAAACUGUUUAAUUGAGGGUUAUGGUGUUGACUUGGAAAAACUAAAUCAGCUGGACAGAAUAGGACUGAUUAAAACAUCAGAGGGAGAUUUAAUAUUUUAUAUAAAUGGAGAAUCUCAAGGAGUUGCAGCUGAAGGUCUCCCUGCUACAGUCUAUGCUAUAGUAGACCUGUAUGGCAAAUGUGUUCAAGUCAGUAUUACGAGUCCCACAUUCAGAGAGCAUAAUAAUGACGAUUGCUUGAGUGGCAGUUCAGUAUUAGCUAUAGAAAAUGACGUUUUAAAUGUAACUUUGGGUGGAGAUUUGAGUGAACUGAGUUUGAGUAGCAGUAAUAGUUUAGAUAUUAGGAUGGACAUGAGCGUUAGUGUAAAUGUACCUCAAGAAGAUCCUUCAUCUUCACGUCAAGUGGACAAAUUACGAUUUCAUGACAGGUGUGGUUCUUUAGUAAAAUUAUCGAAUGGGAACAGGACAGCAGAGAGGCGAAGGCCUUUAGAUGAAUUUAACAAUGGCGUUGUUAUGACUCAUAGAGCAUUAAAAGAUUCUGAACUGUUUGAAAUUAGGAUAGAUAGGCUUGUGGAUAAGUGGAGCGGUAGUAUUGAGAUGGGAAUAACAACCCAUAAUCCAAAUACCCUCACCUUCCCCGCAACCAUGACAAACAUGCGUAGUGGUACCAUCAUGAUGUCAGGUUGUGGUAUUUUGACUAACGGUAAAGGUACCAGAAGGGAAUAUGGAGAAUUUAACCUAGACGAGUUAAGUGAAGGAGAUAGGGUGGGAAUGAUGAGGAAGGCAGAUGGAAAUUUGCAUUAUUUCAUCAAUGGGCUGGAUCAAGGAGUUGCUGCUCAAAGGGUUCCGACUACUGUUUGGGGAGUGAUUGAUUUGUACGGAAUGACUAUUAAAGUUUCAAUAGUUGAGAGGGAUGAACGUGAAGAACAAAAUCUAAUGACCCGGAAAAACACUCGAGAUAACCAUAGUGUCAUUCCCGAAGCUCCUCCAGUAUCGGAUUACUAUGAUAGAUUGACCUUUCACCCGAAUUGUGGUACUCACGCCGCCGUCACAAAUAACGGUCGAACAGCUUUCAGACCAAAUGCUUCAGAUGAUUUUAACAAUGGAGUUGUCUUAACGGCUCGUCCCUUAAAAACAGGUGAAUUCUUUGAAAUUAAGCUGGAUAAAGUAGUUACCAAGUGGGCAGGUUCUAUAGAAAUGGGCGUUACAACCCACAGCCCGGUCGAAUUGGAGUUUCCUUUUAGCAUGACUAAUGUGAGAUCAGGUACGUGGAUGAUGACCGGAAGUGGUAUAAUGCACAACGGCACGAUUAUUCACGAGCAAUACGGAGUAAACUUGGACAGACUGCAGGUGGGAGAUCGGGUGGGACUGGUCAGAAAAGAAAAUGGCCAGUUGCAUUUUUUCGUUAAUGGAGUAGAUCAGGGAAGCGCUGCUAAUAAUGUACCCGAAAAAGUUUAUGGAGUUAUUGACUUAUACGGCCAAUGUGUUGCGGUAUCUUUAAUGGACAUGUAUGACCACGCAUCACCUGAUUCCAACAAUGGAAGUUUAUCUAAUGCGACUCUCUAUAGCGAUCUAAGGUUUCAUCACGUCCAUGGUUUGAAUGCUCGCAUAAUAAACAACGGUUUGACUGCCGUAAGACCGAGACCGCUAGCAGAAUUUAAUGGAGCCAUAGUCUUUUCAAAUAGGCCAUUAAAAGAUAUGGAGAUCUUUGAGAUUGUUCUUGACGAAAUUGUUGAUAGGUGGUCAGGGAGUAUUGAAUUAGGUGUAACAGCUGUCAGACCUGAUGAUGUUGAUCUACCCAGCACCGCAACGGAUUUAAGUAAAGAUACUUGGAUGUUAAGCGGGGCUUCAGUUAUGAUAAACGGAAAAACUAUUAAGAAUAACUAUCCUUGUGACUUAGAUACGCUUGGAGCUGGAGUAAGGUUGGGCGUAAUGCGUUCCUCAGAUAAAUCUCUGGAGUUCUUCAAAAACGGAGUAUCACAGGGCACUGCUUGCGUAGUUCCACAUGCGAAUUUGUACGCGGUGGUGGAUUUAUAUGGGCAAUGCGCGCGGGUCAGCAUAUCAUGCGCAACGCCCGUGGCUCCGUUGGCUAGUGUGGGAAUUGAUACUUGUCCAAGAUCAGACACUUCGGCCUCACUUCAAGCCACCAGCGUUCUCCAAGCCAACUCGGAGUUGGACAUGCACCGCUUCUCGGAAUAUCAUAGUAAAGGAGUGUUACUAAGCGAGAACGGCCGGGUCGCUUGCAGAUCCAAGGAGUACACCAGUAGCAUAGUGUAUAGCAGUACUCCUCUCACAAAAGACGAAGUUUUCGAAGUUUCAGUGAUGAGUUUAUUGAAACAUAUGGCCGGCAAUUUAACCGUGGGAGUCACUCCUAGCCCUCCUUGUGCCGGAGGCAAUGGUAUGCCAGUCGAUUGCUGCUAUUUAAGCGGAAACGAAUUACGACACAAAAACCAACUUGUACAAAUCGUAGCACCCAGUUUAAAUUGGCUAAAUACCGGGGACCGGGUUGGGUUACUUUUAACUCAAGACUGUGCCAUAAAGAUAUUUAUUAAUGGAGAAGAACUUUCCGUUCAAAUUCCGGCAAUGGGAGAAACAGUUUGGGCCGUAUUCGAUCUUAAGGGUCAAUGUUGUGAUUUGUCAGUGACAAGUCAUAGAGCGCCGCCAGCGUCUCCAAUGAACAGCACACGUCUUCAAGACAGUUUAGAAAUCAUCUUGGAUCAAGAGACGGCCCCGGUUGAACUAGAAGAAUGUAGUGCGUUGGCUUCUACUGAACUUCCCAUAAGUUCGACCAAUCGCCACUACGAAUUUCACGAUAACCACGGUCGCAACGUAGAACUUCAGCAAGAAAAAACUAUCGCCAAACGAGUUGCUUCAUAUAAUCAAGGAGUAGUGGCGGUAACACCUUCUUUAGAACCCAAUAAGACAGUCCAAGUGGUCAUAGAACAACUGAACACGCGCUGGCAAUCUUCAAUAAUAGUCGGUGUAGUAUGUAGUCCUCUGGAUAGACUUAGUUUUCCGGUUAAUGCCUUGGCACUAAAAGGAACAAGCUGCGUUGUGGCUAACGAUUGGAUAUCAAUAAAUGGAGUAAAAGGUCGAUCAAAUUAUGGUCAAGUGUUAAACACUCUUGUAGAGGGAGACACUAUCGGUGUAACAGUUACAGAUAAUAAAUUGUUUAAGCUUAUUGUUAAUGGGGUAGAGGAAGAAAGUCUUCCCUGGCCUUAUCCAGUAGGACAGCCUGUCUAUGCUGUUUUUGAUUUGUAUGGACAAUGUCAAAAGAUCCGAGUUCUUAACGAGGAUAUAAAAUCAUCAGAUACUACAUCUUUAAAUACAGAGUGUGAAAAAGCCGACUUAGAAUCCUGUGAAAAGGAACUUAGUGAAAAUUUAAGUUUACCUUUGCCAAGUACGAGUCUCGUAACAUCUAGUGUAGCUGUAAACGUUUCUCCGAUACAAAGCCCUUUGGUUUUGUGCAUGUUUAAAGAGGAAUGUGAGAAUUUUAAGAAAAAGCUGUUACUUCCAGAUCAUUAUUUUGCUUCAGAAGAAUCGAUUUGCCACUGCCAAAAUUGCUUUAGGUCUUGGACCAAGCAGUCCGAAGAAAAGGAGGGUAAGGAAGCAAAAGAUAAUUUGCCGUUAGGUUGGGUUGAAUUUCCCUUGAAAAAUCAGGCCAAUAUCGGUACAGAUAAGUGGGAAAUCGCUUUUUACCCGACGAAAAUGGGAGCCGUAAGAUGUAUUUUGGACUCUGGGCAACCUCUGACAAAAGGUCAGGCGCAGUGGUGUAACUUCACAGGUCAAAAAGGAGAUGACGUUCAAGUUGUUUUCUACCCAAAACUUGAAAACGUCUUAUCUUCGCCAUUAACUAUUGGUUACAAUAAAAAAGCUUAUGCCGCAUUUAAACUUUACGUGAAACCAGGAGCUUAUUCAAUUACUAGGGAAACGGAUAUUGUAGAGUGGAGUACCAAAGAAUCUGGCGCUAUUGUACUAAAUUCGCUUUUAUUGCAAGUGAAAUAAGUUGGCUUAUAUCCCUGCAAGUGACUGUAUAUAUAUUAGGUGAGUUUUAAAUAUUUUUUAAAUGUUGAUAUGCCUGAUUUGCUAUUCUUCAGGUAAAGGUUUUUUGUAACUAAUUAGAGGUUACGAAAAUUAUCUCUUAAAUAUCCAUAUAGGGUAAAUCUGUGAUGUAAAAUACUCAUUAAUACUGAGAAAUUUAAGGUAUUAGUCGAUGUUUGCAAUAGCUUUUUUUAUAUUAUACAGCUUAUUUAUUAGCAAUUUUUUUAACAAUAAAUAAAUAAAUCGAUCAUCCAAAUA